AUGUCGACUGCUAUAUCGUGGAGUCUUAUUGUGUUUUUGUCGUGGAUACGAACCGCGAUAUGUAUGGAUGAUUCUGAAAUGAAAAAGUUGGAGCAUCAACUCAGUGAUACCACGUAUUACAGACUGCAGAAUGACACCAAUUCACAUGACUAUAAACCUUUUAAACUUGAGGAUCUGGAAGCCGAAUUUCGUAACAUUAGUGAAAAGCCAGGUCUAAGAUACCACGGACAUGUGCAAACUGGAGAUAUGAACCAUCAGACGUGCUACUUCCUGCACAUGACCUUCCGAGCUGCACUCGUCGACUUCAGAACGUACUACGCUCUUCGACAGCUCUAUUUGGACAACAAAGAAUAUGAAAUCGGCUACUUAACACAUGAGAUAAUUUCUCGCUACCAAACAAUGUUGGAAGUAUUUCAUUUCGCCAUCGAGAAGUUCGAAAAGAACCAAAAUCGUAACCAGGCACCACCUACCGUCAUGUUUUACUAUUAUACGAACGUGUUGGAGCAAAGCAAAGUGAUUAUACAUCUUUGUAAUAUGCUGCACGAACUUGAAAGAAAAUACUCUUCAAAGAGGAAUGUCCUUUUUGAUGAUUACAAUUUGGAAAGUAACGCAAAGAAACGUAAUGGUAGUUCAUCAAGUCAAAAGGCGUUGGAGGAAUACUUGCAGAAGAAAGCAGACGAGAGGAAGCGGAAACAGAAGAGAUUGAAGAAGAAAAGGCAACACCCACAGUAUCUCUUCGAGUCUACGACACGGCGGGUUGUUAAAAGUUUCUGGCCGUUACACUAUGGUUGGUCUAUUGAAUAUUGGUAA